AUGGCUGGUACUUCACUAUUCUACGCCAGUGCCUUGGCACUACUAAGUUACCUCCUCCUCAAGCACAUCCAUCAACGCAGCAAAGGUCCAUUACCACCGGGCCCAAAAGGUCUACCACUCCUCGGGAACAUACGAGAUCUCCCACCUCCCGGGACCUUAGAAUGGCCGCAUUGGCAGAAACACAAAGAGAAAUAUGGUCCUAUCAGCUCCGUCUCCGUCCUUGGCCAGCUUUUUGUUAUUUUGCAUGACAAGCAGGCCAUUAUGGAUCUGUUGGAAACACGGGCUUUGAAGAGUGCUUCGCGGCCAAAAUUGGUAUUUGCGGGUGACGUAGUCGGAUAUGACAGUAUUAUGGGCAUGAUGCCGUAUAAUCGAACAUUUAGACUACAUCGAAAGCUGACAGCGACGCAAGUCAGCAACAAGUCAAUAGUCAGAUUCGAGCCUAUUCAAGAGCUCGAGGUCUUGCGAUUACUGAAACGCAUCCACGCUGAUCCCAACAGCGAGAACCUACCGGAUCAUCUGAACCAAGUAUCGGGUUCCAUCAUGCUCCGCAUUCUCUACAACUACGAGACAGACCCCUCAAAGAAUGACCCCAUAGUCGCCACAGCCAAUCAAGUGAUGGAAGACUUCUCCAAAGCUACAAGCCCAGGCGCCUGGAUGGUGGACUUGAUACCAUGGCUUCGAUGUAUCCCUGAGUGGAUGCCAGGCUCCGGGUUCAAGCAAGUAGCAAAGACAUACAGGGAGAAUCUGCAGCAGGGAGUUGAGAUACCGUAUAACUACGUCCGAGAGCAAAUGACCUCUGGUAACGACGAUGUCUCUUACGUCGCGGGGCUGAUUAAAGAUGUCCAUCGCAAUAUUGAUCCUGAAGAAGAACGUGUCAUCCAGUGGACGGCCGCUUCUAUGAUGAACGCCGGUACCGACACGACUGGAGCGAUGCUUCUUGCAGUAUUUGUAGCCAUGGUUAUCUACCCCGACGUUCAGAAACGUGCUCAAGUAGAAAUCGACCGCGUUGUCGGCGACUCCCGUCUCCCGUCUCUAUCUGACAAGCACAAUCUCCCGUACAUCAACGCAAUCGCCCAAGAAGCACUUCGCUGGCACACCCUCGCCCCAAUGGGUUUCCCACACAUGACAACAGAAGACGACAUCUACAAAGGCUACUUCAUCCCUAAAAACACGCUCUUGUUCCCCGCAGCGGCAUCUCUCACACACGAUCCGGAGGUCUACCACUCACCGAUGGAAUUCAAGCCCGAGCGCUUUUCAGAGCCGUACAAUGAGCCCCUGCCGACGGAUAUAGUGUUUGGAUUUGGACGCAGGGCGUGUCCGGGGCGAUGGAUUGCAGAUCAGACGAUGUUUCUUGCUAUUGCGCAGACUUUGGCUGUUUUCGACAUUAAGAAGGCUUUGGAUGAGGAUGGGAAUGAGAUUGAUGUUGUGUAUGAGCAGUUGCCGGGUGUGAUUGCGCGGGUGAAGCCUUUUCCUCAUCGGAUUGUGCUUAGAAGUGAGAGGCACGGGAGAUUCUUAGAGUAG